GCCCCCUCCUCGCCAGGGCCCGUUUCCUUCUCCGCGCUCCUUAGAUCCCAAAAGCCGAAUCACUUCCAAACGCUAGGAAAAUUUCACACACACGCAGACAAGGAACAACAAAGACUAUCCCACCCCCCCUAUCCUCCGUCCCAAAAUAAAACUAAACACCGACCGAUUAACUUCGAGGAGAGAGAGAGAGCCGCUGCCGCUUUUAAACAGAGUGGUUGCUGACUCCACAGUCCCAGUGCAGAGAGAACAGGACUCUGCAGCGUCCCCUAUUGCUGGGAGGUUGAAUGUGCAGCUCGGAGCCCGGCUUGCCGGAGCCCAACUUGACAAACUCGCAAAAACUACAAAACUGCGCAAAAAAACUACAAAUACCAGCAUCCCCCCCCACACACACCACCACUCCCCUUCCCCCUCUUCAGCAAAGGGUUAAACUACAAAUACCAGCACCCUCCUGCGUCUGCAGUUUCACAAGAAAAUAAAACCGGAUUACAAAAAAAAAAUAAUCUCCAAACGCUAUCAUUCUCCUGUACCCCUUAUUUUUUAGUUUUCCCCCGGGUGUCGGGGUGCGUGGGGGGGGGGGGAGCGUUGGGGGGAACUACAGGAAAGCUGACGUUGGACUGCCAAGACAGAAAAUCAACAAACAAAAUGUCCACUGAAAGCAAAUCGCUUCUCUUCCUGCAGUCGGAGCCUUACCCCCUCGCCGCGGGAGAGAGAGAGACCCGCGAGAACGAGAGACCGGUGGCUUCGGACUCGGACUCCGAAGGUUCGUUGGCCCGCGGCUACCGCUGCCAGCUCUGCGGCUACGAGACCAGAGAGCUGUCCAGCUUCAGCGAGCACCUCCGAGAGACGCACCCCAUCUCCAACCUCAAAAGACCGUCCGCCGGGGACCCCGAAACGGCGCCGCGCAACGGCGAAACCCUUCCCCCCGGUCCCGGGAGGAAAACCGAAGGGGGCGGUAAAGACGUCGCCGCCCCGGGGAAACGCAAACGGAAAUUGUUGACCGCGCCCAAGGAGGACUCCCGGGGAAAGAUGAAGACCCCGAAACUGUCUCAGAGAAACUCGGCCGCCAAUUUCAGCACCAACCACAACUCGGUGGUCUGCCUCCCGCUGGUCUCCGAGGGUCUCAAGCUGGUGUGGACCCAGUCUGACCAGACCAGCGCUCUGGAUUCGGACGACGGGCUGGUGGAGGCGUUCAACCGCUUCCCUUACCCUUCGGCAGUGGAGAUCAGGCAGUUGUGCCAGGCCUCGGGGCUGCCCCUGGACAAGGUGAAGGUCUGGUUCAUGGUGCAGAGGAUCAAGUACGGGAUCAGCUGGUCUUCUGAAGAGAUCGAGGAGACGAGGCUGAAACUGGGGCAGGGCAGGGUCAAAAGGGAGGAGGGGGAAGAAGAGGGGGAGAUCGAUUUAGGAGAAGUAAACGACCUCGAACGAAACCGGGUGGUGAAAACGGAGGAGAACGGGAACGCCCACCUCUCGUUAACCAACGGUUUGAAACCCAAGCUCCAGGGACGGAACGCCUUCCCCGUCGCCGUGACGACCGGCGCCUCCCACACCAACGGAACGGCGACUGGAAGUGUUAAGAAGAGCGGUCGGGAAGCUUCCUCGUCUUCCUCCUCCUCCUCGUCUCCUCUGUCGGUGAGCAGUGUGCCGCUUGCUCCCGUUUCUUCCCCUUCCCCGGCCAGCGGCCGCUACAAGAAGUCGAAGGCCCAGCUGGCGGCCCUGAGGUUCAGCUUUGGCGGGCAGCACUUCCCCAGCGAGGCGGAGCUGCGGCGGCUGCAGGACGAGACGGGCCUGACGCGCAACGAGAUCCGCAAGUGGUUCAGCGACAGCCGCUACCAGCUCAAGAACAACCGGGCGUCUGGAGGGAACCCCAGCCCCAGCAGCGUCCCCGUUCCCAGCCCCAGCAGUGUCCCCAACCCCAGCUCCUUCUUUGAGUCCUUCCUGAACCGCAGCCUGGAGGCAGUGCGCGGGUUGGGGAAUGCCGAUGAGGAAGGGCCGGCAGAGGCGGGAGAGGGAGGAGGAGGGGGAGAGGAGGAGAGGCUUCCUGUCGAAGAGAAAUCGGGACCAGGGUCGACGCUGCAGACUCCGCUGCACGGCAACAGCAGAUCAAGGACUUACGCCAGGAAAGGCAAAUCUGCUCCCGUCUCUUUGCCGGGCCCCUCCCCCUCUGAGCCGCCAGGCCCCUCCCCCUCUGAGCCGCCAGGCCCCUCCCCCUCUGGCCCCUCCCCCCUGACCCCCAGUGGCCGUCGUCGCAAGACCAAAGAGCAGCUGGCUAUCCUCAAGGCGUUCUUCCUGCGGUGCCAGUGGCCUCAGAGUUCAGAUUACUCUCAGCUGGUGCUGGAGAGCGGGCUGCCGCGACCGGACGUCAUCCAGUGGUUCGGAGACACGAGAUACGCGGUCAAGAACGGCCAGCUGCGGUGGGUCAGGGGGGCGGGGGGUGCCUCGGACAUCGCUUCCGAUAUCUUACACCAGCAGCAGCAGCAGCAGCAGCAGAGUCACAGCGCUCCCCACAUCACCGCUGCCCCCAGCAACAGCAGGGCUAAACGGAGAAGGGAGGCUGGGAGCAGCGCGGGGGUCAGGCACGGAGCCCGGGCCGAGGCUUCGGCCCCGGGUUCGAACCCCAGCGUUGACAUGCGCCCCCUGGAGAGGUAUUUGGGCUCCACGGGGUUCCUGCAGGAGAGGGACUUGGACCUUUUGUGCAAGAAGUCGAGGAUGACUUACCAGCAAGUGAGGGACUGGUUUCUGUGCCAGCAACUGGGCAUGGCGGAGGUAGAGGUAGACAUCAGUGACGGGGAGGAGUGAGGGACUUUUUAUACAGCUGCUUUUUACAGAGUUUCCAUUCCCCCCACAUCCCUAACUUUUACAGCAUCUUCCAUUUUAAUUUUUUUUUAUUAAUACUGGGAAGGGAAUCAGACUUCUGUUCCACAGCAGUGUGAUCCAUUCCAGGUUUUACUACCAGCUUGAUCAGCCCCCCAGUGUGUCAAGUUAACAAGCUCAGGUGUGUCUGAUUAUUGGUGAAACCAGGAAUGGAUCAAACUGCUGUGCAACGGGAGUCUUGGUCCCAUUCCUGAGUUUUUUUGUUUAAGGGCUCCUCACUGAAGUCCCAUUGUAUUAUUUUUUUUUUCGUAUGUGCAAGUCAGGUGGAAUAAUAGAGGAAUCGCUGUAAAAGAAAUAAUUCAUGUGUCCUGCUUAAUUGUAGUCUCUUCUAGUUUUAUCUUGAGCACAAAUGUUAAACUACCUACCGUUACCCAAUGGGAGGUAGUGCAAGACUAUGGCUUGCUGUGGGUCUGUGAAACCAGAUAGUUCUUGGAUUAGUGGGAGGGAGCUCUCUGGGCGUCGCUGGUGUGGAUCAGGGGGGGCUGAUUCACCGUUCUGAGUUUGUGAUGAUCAAUCGCUCGCUUUUCUUCAGACUCUGCGGAGAACAGCGACCCACACAAACCCAAGCUGCUGUUUCUGAAUUCACUCUGAACGGUGACUCAACCCCGAUCCACACACGAUUUCUGCGGAGAGCUCCCUCCCAGUAAUUAAUUCCUGCAGCUCUAACUAGUUAGAACGUUUCAGAAUACUUUGCUGUGUUUUUAUUAUUACAAAAAAAACAAAAACUUUGCUUUUGCUGGAUUCUGUGUCGGAUGAAUCGCUGCAAGAGAUCUUUUCAAAUAUCAAAUGUUAUAUCGGCUCAAGAAUUCAGAAAGGAAGAAAGAAUAACUGAACAGAAAAAUCUAUACGGACAACACAGGACACAGCAAAGAGUUUUAAAAGUUAUAGAGCGUUUUCUGUGGACUGCGGAUUGUUCUGUAAGACUUUUUUAAUAGUAUUGUUAGAAAAAGUAUUGCUGUUGUCUUUUUUUUUAUUAUUUAAAUUGUACCCCCCCCACCCCCAAGAUGUGAUAUUUACAUAAUUAAAGAAGGGUUUUUUAAAAUGUUAUUUUAAUUGGACACGGGGGAUCGUUUUUGGGAGACUGGAGAGAGAGCGAGAGAGAAGUUGCUGUUUUUUGUAAUAAGUCUAUUCAGUUUUAACAGACAAUUAUUCCAGCCCCAUAACUAUAUAUAUAUAUAUAUAUAUAUAUAUAUAUAUAUAUAUAUAUAUAUAUAUUUUUAGUAUUAGGGCUGCGCUGAGACUCCUAAUCGCCUUUAAGAAUUAUUUAUUUAUUUAUCGGCAGGUGUUCAAUAAAUCCACUCAUCACCGCGUUGAUUACAAAACAAGAAAACCUGUCCUUCCCUCACCUUUACAAUGCGUGCUGAUCUUGAAUUUUUCUCUCGGUCGGGGCGCUGAGAUUUUUAACUGUUAGCCGACCAAUGAAAAUUCAGAGCGAGUUUCUGUACGUGCCUAUGCAAUAAAUUUAAGAUGCAGAGCAAUUCUACGUUUUAAAAGGACAGUGUCUUAAGAGAAAACGUUAACCAAACUGAUUGCAAAAUAUUAACCCCUUGAUGUACGCAAGGAAUUGAUCGCUGCUCAUUCGAGCGGUUUCUUCUUAAAAUACAUUUUGAGAGCGACCUCGAGUAUCGCGAGAAGGAAACUGACCGUCUUGGAUGAUCUGAUCGGUCAGCACGUUUUUUUAAACCCUGCUGUUCCGAGCUCCACCUCGUUGCAAAAAUAAAGUUAGCAUAAUCUGUCCCUGUACCUUACACUUACAAAACCGUACCUGCGCACUGUAAAUCCUUUUGUAUUGCCGUUAAUUGAACCCAAUUUACUUUGUGUCCUGUGAAAUGGAUUCACGUUGGAAAAUAUACUGUGUACUGCACAGAACAGCUUUUAAAUGUCUGUAUCAGAUUCAACAAAUUCCGUUUUUUUUUUUUUUUUUUUUUUUUUUAAUUUGAGGUUUUGAAAAUCUCUUAGUACGACGCAGUUAACCUGAAUUCAUAAUCUACUGCAUUCGGGGUGUUUUAUUAAAAAGGUGACUUGCAGUGGCACCUCAAAGUCAUAUGUCUUUGCUACCAAUGAAGUACUGAAAGAAACUUCAAAUUCAACGGCAAACGUUUCCGUUAGAAGUCUCUGUGACUUCAGUGUCAAUUCAAUGGCAAACGUUUCCACUAGAAGUCUUUCUCAGGGUCUUCAGUGUUAAUUCAAUGGCAAACGUUUCCACUAGAAAUCUCAGUGUCUUCAGUGUCAAUUCAACGGCAAACGUUUCCACUAGAAGUCUUUCUCAGUGUCAAUUCAAUGGCAAACGUUUCCACUAGAAGUCUUUCUCAGUGUCAAUUCAAUGGCAAACGUUUCCACUAGAAGUCUUUCUCAGCGUCUUCAGUGUAAAUUCAAUGGCAAACGUUUCCACUAGAAGUCUUUCUCAGCGUCUUCAGUGUAAAUUCAAUGGCAAACGUUUCCACUAGAAGUCUUUCUCAGUGUCUUCAGUGUAAAUUCAACGGCAAAUGUUUCCACUAGAAGUCUUUCUCAGCGUCUUCAGUGUUAAUUCAAUGGCAAACGUUUCCACUAGAAGUCUUUCUCCGUGUGAAUUCAAUGGCAAACGUUUCCACUAGAAGUCUUUUAAAUCGUCUGAAUUUAUGACGUUUCUUUUAGUAUUUCUAAAUCCAGCGCUCGUGUGUGUGUGUUAGGUAUGGGUGAUCGUACCAAUGAAAGCAGAGGAUACUGAGGGCUGAUGACAAUUACUCAUUUGUUACCCCAGAUUGUGUGUGUGUCGUUGUUUUUUAUAUGUAUGUAUGAAUGUGUUUUUGUUUUGUUUAGAUGGGAGAAUUCAGAAAUGAUUGAUUUGUUAUUGUAAAAAAGCUUGAAGGCCGGGGGUGUAGGUGUACUCGCAGAGGUUUUAAAAUAGCUACCCUUUUUUUAAAAAUCUGCGCAAGCAACAUUAUCACAGCGCCCCCUGUUGGAGGGUUUAUCCAUCCGACUUGCGGUCAUCUACAAUUACAGCAGCAUUGUUGGCUGAAGUCACAAUUCAGAUUUCCAUGAGAUUUUUUUCAAUUCUGCUGCAGUUUACCGUUAUGAUCACAAUUAUGCUAAGGAGUAACCCAAGCAACGACACACACACACAUAUAUUAACAAGUUCACUGUGCUUUAUUCUAAGUAACCCAGCAAUAAUCAUCACAGACGCCAAGCCUGCAAGACCUCAGCACUCUCUCUUCUUUGGGUGAACGUAGGAAGACAGAGAUUGAUGCCUUUUCAGGUCUUGCAUGCUUGUGAUUUAAUUUGUGUGUGUUUUUUUUAGUGUAACAAAAGAUAUCGCCUCUCCUUCUCUCUGUUAUAUCAUCUCUGGACUGAUGCGGCUCCCGUUUCGCCUGUCAGUAGUUGUAAUGGACGGCAGGUCUGAAUUGUACAUUCAGAUAUCUAUUUUUUGUUUAUUUUUCUUUUAUUUCUUCUUCCUGGUGUUUUAUCAUUUCCCGGACUUGAUUUUGUCGCCAGCGAAACUGAGCUAGGCAGCGAUUUCAUACCAGGAAGCAGCGGCUUUAAAUUCUGCGGCUGUGUUUUUGUCAAUAUCUUUCAGUCCUGGUUACCCUGCCUAUUUUUUUUUUAAAUGAAAUUGCUUUGAGAUUUGAUACGAGAUGUGUUCACUUGCUUCGCUUGAGUGAUCAAUGACGGUUCACUUUAUUUUAUUUUUUGUAUUGUAUUGUAUUUUUU